ACCUACCAGACCAAUAUGGAGUGUUAGGAGACAAGCAUAACUACUUGAAGACCCUCAGCAAACGCAUCCAAUCUUUGAGGAUCCCUCUGCUAAACGUCAGAGGGCUCGAGCUUGAAUGCAAAGGCUGUUUUCUGUCAGUCCGGCACACCAUCCCGGCAAGAUGCCAUCUCGUUCGCAUUCUUCCCAACAACGCUAGACAGGACUGAGGAAUCUGAAAGGCAUUAUUGGUGUUCCAGCAGCUUGACGCGCCUCGUGCACUUGACUCGCUCGAUUUGCAUAUGCAGUGCAGCCAUACUUAAUGAGUGAAUGCCACUGAUCUACAGGAGGGUCUUCAGGGAGGAUGAUGGGUUUGAAUGGCUUUUCAUGGGAAGGUCAGCAUCAAAGAUUCUGCAGCCCAACCUAGUCAGGACAUGGAAACAUCUACUUCUGAAUUUAAAACCAAAGAAAAUGAGGAUCUCUAUGAAAACAAAAAGCAACGAAUAAACCAUCAGAUAAGUCCUUGCCAGAAGGCAGCCUUUGAAGGAGUCAAGAGCAGGGAGAAAGAACAAACACAAGAAGAGGAACAUUUGAUGGAAGAAAAGAAAAAGAAAAAGCAGGAAGAAAAGAAAAAGAAGGAAGGUGCUCAGAAAAAGGCUGCUGAACAAAAAACCAAAGUGCCAGAACCUAUUAAGACCAGUUUAAGCCAGCCCCAACCUGCCGGUACCAGUACCAGUACUUCCACCAGCACUAUUACUAACAAUAGCAAUGGCAAGCGUGCAUCUGCCAAUGGGCAGCAGCCAGCUGCAUCCCGAUACCUGCCUCGUGAGGUGCCUCCACGCUUCCGCCAACAAGAACAGAAGCAGCUCUUAAAGAGAGGCCAGCCUCUGCCUACCGGAACUCUGAUCAGCACGAGCCCAGCCCAAGGUACUGGACUAGCAGGAGCAAGUCCUCCUCCACAGCCAGGAGUAGGUGGACAUCACCACCCCAGUAAGACUCAGACCCCAACAGACCUUGGUCACAGCGGAUUGGGAGACCAUUAUGAGAAUACUCACUGGGGACAGCAGCCCACUUUCCGAAGUGAAGCCAAUUGCAGCUGGGAUAAAGUGAUAAUAGACAGGACUGACAAGGAAGCGUGGCCUUCCAUUACAGGAACUGAGACUGAGUCUGCCUCAGAAUGUACUACAGACACUGACUCUGCCUCCAACUGUGGCUCAGAGAACAGUAGCAUGGCUACAGGGAGUGCCCAAGGCAACUUCACUGGACAUACAAAGAAACCCAAUGGCAAUAAUGGCACCAAUGGAGCACUCAUCCAAAGCACUUCUAACCAGAGUGCCCUUGGAGCUGGUGGAGCAAAUGGUAAUGGAAACUCAGCCAGAGUGUGGGGUGUUGCCACAGGUUCCAACUCUGGCUUAGCUCAUUGCUCUGCCAGUGGUGGGGAUGGAAAGAUGGACAACAUGAUGGGAGAUGGUAGAAGUCAAAAUUGCUGGGGUGCUUCCAACUCAAAUGCUGGCAUUAAUCUUAACCUUAACCCCAAUGCCAAUCCAGCUGCCUGGCCUGUACUCGGACAUGAAGGAACUGUGGGAGCAGGCAACCCUUCCAGUAUUUGCAGUCCAGUCAGUGCCAUAGGUCAGAACAUGGGCAACCAGAAUGGGAACCCAACAGGCACCUUAGGUGCUUGGGGAAACUUGUUGCCGCAAGAGAGCACAGAACCACAAACGUCCACUUCUCAGAAUGUGUCUUUCAGCGUACAACCUCAGAACCUUAACACUGAUGGACCAAAUAACGCUAACCCCAUGAACUCUUCACCAAACCCUAUCAAUGCAAUGCAGACAAAUGGACUGCCGAACUGGGGCAUGGCUGUUGGCAUGGGGGCCAUCAUCCCGCCCCAUCUGCAAAGCCUUCCUGGUGCUAAUGGGACAUCAGUAUCUCAAGUCAGUGGGGGAAGUGGUGAAGGAAUGGGCAAUUCAGUGUGGGGGAUGUCCCCAAGUAAUCCUGCCACAGGAAACAGCAAUUCUGGGUUCAGUCAGGGGAAUGGAGACACUGUGAACUCAGCAUUAAGUGCUAAACAAAAUGGAUCCAGCAGUGCUGUGCAAAAGGAAGGAAAUGGAACAAGUGCAUGGGAUUCAGGACCUCCUGCUGGUCCUGGGGUCUUAGCCUGGGGCAGGGGCGGUGGCAACAAUGGCGUUGGUAAUAUGCACGCUGGUGCUUGGGGCCACCCAAGCCGCAGCACCAGUAAUGGUGUCAAUGGUGAAUGGAGCAAACCCCAAAACCAGCAUUCCAAUAAUGACAUCAAUGGGAAAGGAUCAACAGGGUGGGAUAGCUCUAGUGUUACCAGCCAGAAUCCUGCCAUGCAGCAGGGCAAUGAACAAAUAAACUCUUGGGCCAAAGCUGCAGCAUCUGGCAACACAGGUAGUGAAGGAAGUAAUGAUAGCAAUGGGAGUCAGAAUGAAGGCAGUGCUGGGAGGGAAGGAACUGGAGAGGGUCGAAGAAGAGACAAGGGCAUGAUAGACCAAGGACAAGUCCAGUUGCCAAGGAAUGACCUUGAUCCAAGAGUUCUGUCCAACACUGGAUGGGGACAGACUCCUGUAAAGCAAAACACUGCCUGGGAAUUUGAAGAAUCUCCAAGGUCUGAACGAAAGAAUGACAAUGGAACUGAGGCCUGGGGUUGUGCAGCUACUCAGCCUUCAAACUCGGGGGGCAAGAAUGAUGGGUCCAUCAUGAACAGUACAAAUACCUCUUCAGUAUCUGGGUGGGUCAGCUCUCCACCUGCAACAGUUCCAACGAAUACAGGUUGGGGCGACAACAAUAACAAAGCGCCAAAUGGCCCUGGGGGAUGGGGAGAGCCGACAAGUUCUACUGCUGUCAAUAAUGCUGCUGCUGCCAAAAGUGGCCACACUUGGAGUGGGACCACAAAUCAGGAGGACAAGUCGCCUACUUGGGGUGAACCUCAGAAACCCAAAUCUCAAAACUGGGGAGAUGGACAGAAAUCAAAUCCAGGCUGGACUUCAGGUGGUGGAGAUUGGGUUGACUCCUCAUCUGUCUCUGGACACUUGGGAGAUGGGAAAAAGAAUGGUUCUGGAUGGGAUGCUGACAAUAGAUCAGGGUCUGGCUGGAAUGAUACAACGCGUUCUGGGACCAGUGGAUGGGGAAAUGGCACAAACAGCAAGGCUAAUACAGGUACAAGCUGGGGAGAAUCUUUAAAACCUGGUCCCCAACAGAAUUGGGCUUCUAAAUCCCAGGACAACAAUGUGAGUAAUUGGGGAGGAGCUGCUUCUGUUAAACAGACUGGAUCAGGAUGGGUUGGUGGACCAGUGCCAACCAAACAGAAGGAUAGUAGUGAAGCAACUGGGUGGGAAGAGCCUUCUCCACCGUCCAUUCGGCGCAAGAUGGAGAUUGAUGACGGUACCUCAGCUUGGGGUGAUCCAAAUUACAAUAACAACAAGACUGUAAAUAUGUGGGAUAGAAACAAUCCUGUAAUCCAGAGCAGUACCGCCACCACCACCACUACCACCACCAUUAUCAACGCAAACAUGGCUGAACCUCAGCCACCGCACCAGUCAAGUGCCCAGUCAAACCGGUCCCCGCUGCUUGGUCCAGCAGGCUGGGGAGAGAUGCCUGCUGUCCAUGCAAAGCCUGAAGCUUCAUGGGGAGAGCCUUCCUCCCCUUCUGCUGCAGUUGAUAAUGGCACUUCAGCAUGGGGGAAGCCCCCCAGCAGUGGUACAGGGUGGGGAGAUAACUCUGCUGAGUCAGCAGGGACAUAUGGAAGAGUGAGCGCACCAGCUGCUGCCCCAGCACUGUGCAAACCAGCUUCUAAAUCUUCUAUGCAAGAAGGCUGGGGCAGUGGUGGAGAUGAAGUAAAUCUCAGUACAAGUCAGUGGGAAGAUGAAGAAGGAGAUAUGUGGAAUAACACUGCUUCGCAAGAGAGUAAUUCCUCUUGUAGCUCCUGGGGGAAUGGCCCAAAGAAAGGACUUCAAAAGGGCAUGAAGACAUCUAGUAAGCAAGAUGAGGCCUGGAUCAUGAACCGUCUGAUAAAACAGCUCACAGACAUGGGCUUCCCAAGAGAGCCAGCAGAAGAGGCCUUGAAGAGUAACAGUAUGAAUCUAGAUCAGGCCAUGAGUGCUCUGCUGGAAAAGAAGGUGGAAAUGGACAAGCGUGGAAUGGGAGUGGCUGACUACAAUGGAAUGGUCACCAAACCCCUUGGCUGCCGCCCACCACCGAUCUCCAAAGAGUCUUCCAUGGACCGCCCCACCUUCCUUGACAAGGAUGGCGGCCUAGUGGAAGAGCCCACUACUUCACCAUUUUUGCCUUCACCAAGCCUGAAGCUCCCCCUUUCAAACAGUGCACUCCCUAAUCAGACCCUGGGUGGGAUUGCCUCAGGGCUGGGCAUGCAAAACUUGAAUUCUUCUAGACAGAUACCGAGUGGCAAUCUGGGUAUGUUUGGCAAUAGCGGAGCAGCACAAGCCAGGACCAUGCAACAGCCGCAGCAACCGCCAGUGCAACCUCUUAACUCAUCCCAGCCUAGUCUUCGUGCUCAAGUGCCUCAGUUUCUCUCCCCUCAGGUUCAAGCACAGCUUUUGCAGUUUGCAGCAAAAAACAUUGGUCUCAAUCCUGCACUAUUAACCUCGCCAAUUAAUCCUCAGCAUAUGACGAUGUUGAACCAGCUCUAUCAGCUGCAGCUGGCGUACCAACGUUUACAAAUCCAGCAGCAGAUGUUACAGGCCCAGCGUAAUGUUUCCGGACCCAUUAGACAACAGGAGCAGCAAGUUGCACGUACAAUCAAUAACAUGCAGCAGCAGAUCCAGCAGCACCAGCGCCAGCUGGCCCAGGCCCUGCUUAUGAAGCAGCAGCCCCCCCCUCCACAUCUAUCUUUGCACCCCUCUGCAGGCAAAUCAGCCAUGGAUAACUUUUCACCCCAUCCCCAGGCUCCUGGCCUAUCCGACCUGCAGACCAAAGAGCAACAGUCUUCACCGAACACCUUUGCUCCUUACCCCCUUGCUGGACUGAACCCAAACAUGAAUGUAAACAGCAUGGACAUUCCUGGUGGUUUGUCAGUGAAGGACACUUCUCAGUCCCAAUCUCGCCUUCCUCAGUGGACACACCCCAAUUCAAUGGAUAAUCUCUCCAGUGCGGCUUCUCCACUUGACCAGAAUCCAAGCAAGCACGGUGCUAUCCCUGGAGGUCUGAGUAUUGGCCCUCCAGGCAAGUCCUCCAUUGAUGACUCUUAUGGCCGGUAUGAUCUGAUUCAAAACAGUGAGUCACCAGCCAGUCCUCCUGUAGCCGUUCCUCACAGCUGGUCACGUGCCAAAACUGAUAGUGAUAAAAUCUCCAAUGGCUCCAGCAUCAACUGGCCACCAGAAUUUCAUCCUGGGGUACCGUGGAAAGGACUGCAGAACAUUGACCCUGAGAACGAUCCUGAUGUUACGCCUGGAAGUGUUCCCACAGGGCCUACUAUUAACACCACCAUACAGGAUGUUAAUCGCUAUCUACUCAAGAGUGGAGGGUCAUCCCCAACAUCAUCUCAGAAUGCCACGCUGCCUUCAUCGAGUGCCUGGCCACUUAGUGCCUCCGGCUACAGUAGCUCUUUCAGCAGCAUUGCAUCCGCACCUAGCAUUGCAGGUAAAUUGUCAGACAUCAAGUCAACAUGGUCUUCUGGCCCAAUUUCUCACACACAAGCCUCUUUGUCCCAUGAACUGUGGAAGGUACCCAGAAACACUACUGCUCCUACAAGACCACCUCCAGGCUUAACAAACACCAAGCCAUCAUCUACCUGGGGUGCCAGCCCACUGGGUUGGACCAGCUCUUACUCCUCUGGCUCAGCCUGGAGUACUGACAGCUCAGGAAGAACAAGUAGCUGGCUGGUUCUCCGUAACCUCACACCCCAGAUUGAUGGCUCCACACUGCGUACUCUAUGCUUGCAGCAUGGUCCUCUUAUUACAUUCCACCUGAACCUGACUCAAGGGAAUGCUGUGGUCCGUUACAGUUCUAAGGAAGAAGCGGCGAAGGCCCAGAAGUCUCUGCAUAUGUGCGUUUUGGGGAACACUACCAUCUUGGCCGAGUUCGCUGGAGAAGAGGAAGUGAACCGUUUUUUAGCACAAGGCCAGCCACUGCCCCCCACCUCCAGUUGGCAGUCCAACACUGGAACCACUCAGACCCGCUUGGGCUCCACAAGCAGCUCCCAUGGAAUGGUGCGCAACGAUGCAGGCCACUGGAAUACCCCCUGCCUAGGUGGGAAAGGGAGCAGCGAUCUGCUCUGGGGCGGGGUCCCUCAGUACUCGAGCAGCCUUUGGGGUCCACCCAGCGCCGAUGACGGCAGGGUUAUCGGAAGCCCAACGCCUUUGAAUACUCUGCUCCCAGGUGACCUUCUCAGUGGGGAGUCCAUCUAGGACACCAGAGAAACAAAUGGAAGUAACAAUCAUCAGCACUAAAGAAAAAAUAAUGGUAACCCUUUCCAGUCCAGGGCAUCGCGAAGAAUCCAGCUUUAAUAGAUCAGACUGGCAGCCCUUUUUUAGUACCUCUGUCCAAUAUCGACUAUGAAACUCCGCUGAAGUCCUUGUGAACUGUUAGUGCAACAGUAUGGGCUCCCUUUGGUCAGUGUCACGUGCUAAUGAUAGGUUUUAUGUGGGUUUUUUUUUCCAAUGGCUUUUUAAUUUUGUUUUUAUGUUUGUAUGGUGUUUUUAAAGACGUAUAAAAGCUGCUUAGACUAGUUCUAUCAUGAAGGGCACUUUUCAGAAUUUGGGCUGGAAAGGGUUAUUUUAUCAACUUUGGGAGUGGGGGAGGGAUGAAGGGGGGAAUGUGAGAAAGCCUAUUUAAAAUGAGCCUGUGAUAAUUAUGCACAUUACCAGAGGCGGAUCCAGUAAUCAGUAGGGGGUGGCAUCCGACCAGCCCAUCAGCAGCAAUGGGGAACAAAUCUUACGCCCCUCAGCUGUACGACUUGGAUUGAGAGGUGGGGUGGAAUAUCCAUGUCCACUGCUCCCGUGGGUCUUGCCUAUGCACAUUACACUUGUUUCAUUACUUUUUGUGUCAUUGUU